GCCCUCGCCACUCGGCCAUUCAGUAGUCGGUCCUCUUCUCGUACACUGAGAGGGAGGGAGGACACACAGCAGAGCAGAGGGAGAGCGAAUAGACAGACAGACAGAAACAAACGGCCGUGUCGUCUUAUGUGUGUGUCGGCUGUCGUGUGGGUGCCGGUGCAUGUGGGUGUGGCUGGCUCACUGUUGUAGUUGAGCAGCUUGGAGAUGAGGUCUGCGUGCGUCAGGAGCAUCCGCCGGCAGCAGUACCGAUUCAGAUUCAGCUCAUUCAGCGCCUCCCUGCAUCAGCCAGACAGACAGACAGGCAGGCAGGCAGACACAAACAGGCGAUGAAUGACACUCUAUGUAUGUGGUGCGUGUCCCAAGUACCUACCCUUCUGUCUUGUCAGCAGCGAUGAGGUGGACGUAUUUCUCCCACAGAUGGCCGAUGACCUUCCCACACGUGAAGCACCGCACGGGAAUUAUCAUGGCUCUUUGCCAACAGAUCUGGCGCGAGUAGAGACGACCUAUGCCAUGCGCACAGAGAUCCCCCUUCUCCCUUUGAC